UCUGCUUUCUCCGUCAUAUAUACACCAUUUUGCCUUUUUUGUUUCUGAAAGAAUGUCAUUCCAAAAGGCAUUUGCUGCUAUGCUUAUUGCAUCCUUUCUGCUCGUCCAUUUCGCUUAUGCCCAAAAGGUUGACUACAGCAAGCCACCAGCAUCAGCCCCUCAAGGUCCACAGCCACUAGAUUGCAUAGGAGCUUGUAAAUAUCGGUGCAGUGAGUCGUCUAGGCAAAAUCUAUGCAACAGAGCAUGUGGAAGCUGCUGCCAGAGAUGUCACUGCGUGCCACCAGGGACUUCUGGAAAUUAUGAAGCAUGCCCUUGCUAUUUCAAUCUUUUGACUCAUAACACCACCCGCAAAUGUCCUUAAUACAUCCCUUUUUAAAUUUGUUCUCCAAACGGAGUCAGUUCCCAAUAAUUUUGUUCAUUUUGAAAUUCAAUUCAUUGCUCCUUCUGUACGAAGCUUGUGAUGCAAUAAAAGAUGAUUUUUUCUAGCAA